AUGCUCCGCCGCCGCCCCCCCGCUUCCGGUGCUGCGCAGUUUCCGGAGCGGAUCGCAACCCGGAGUCCGGAUCCGAUCCCGCUCUGCACAUUCCAAAGACAGGUGUCAGAGAUGGCUGAAGACGGGAGCGAAGAAAUCAUGUUCAUCUGGUGUGAGGACUGCAGCCAGUACCACGACUCCGAGUGUCCCGAGCUGGGCCCAGUGGUCAUGGUCAAAGACUCCUUCGUGCUGAGCCGGGCCAGGUCAUCUCUGCCUUCCAACUUGGAGAUCAGACGACUGGAGGAUGGGGCCGAAGGAGUGUUCGCCGUGACUCAGCUUGUCAAACGAACUCAGUUUGGUCCGUUUGAGUCUAGGAGGGUCGCCAAGUGGGAGAAGGAGUCUGCAUUUCCACUGAAGGUGUUCCAGAAGGAUGGACACCCUGUGUGCUUUGACACCUCCAACGAGGACGACUGCAACUGGAUGAUGCUGGUGCGGCCGGCAGUGGCGGCUGAGCACCAGAACCUGACGGCCUACCAGCACGGCAGCGACGUGUACUUCACCACGUCCAGGGACAUUCCAGCUGGCACUGAGCUGCGGGUGUGGUACGCGGCCUUUUACGCCAAGAAGAUGGACAAGCCCAUGCUGAAGCAGGCCUGCUCCAGUGUCCAGGCUGCAGGCACCCCAGAAAACAACGCCCCCGUGGACUCAGAGCCCAGCCAGUGGGCCUGUAAAGUGUGCUCCGCCACCUUCCUCGAGCUGCAGCUUCUGAAUGAGCAUCUCUUGGGCCACUUGGAACAAGCCAGGAGUAUUCCUCCAGGCAGCCAGCCAGAGGCAACUCCUGAGAAGGAGGCAGAUGCACCCCGGGGGGAGCCCGCUGCUAUGCCGGAGAGCGUGGGUUCCACCAAAGAACAAAGGAAGAAGCCUCGAAGAGGAAGGAAGCCCAAAGCAUCCAAAACGGAGCAGCCGCUAGUCAUCGUGGAAGAGAAGGAGCCUGCAGAGCAAGUGGCAGAGAUCAUCACCGAGGUCCCCCCGGACGAGCCUGUGGGUGCGACGCCAGAUGAGCGGAUAAUGGAGCUGGUUUUGGGGAAGCUGGCCACCUCUACCAGUGAUGCCAGCUCAGUGCCAAAGUUCACCCAUCACCAGAACCACACCAUCACCCUCAAGAGGAGCUUAGUCCUGUCGAGCAGACACGGCGUCCGACGCAAGCUCAUCAAGCAGCUGGGGGAGCACAAGCGGGUGUACCAGUGCAGUGUCUGCAGCAAGGUCUUCCAGAACAGCAGCAACCUGAGCAGGCACGUGCGCUCGCACGGUGACAAGCUGUUUAAAUGUGAGGAAUGUGCAAAGUUGUUCAGCCGCAAGGAGAGUCUAAAGCAACAUGUUUCUUACAAGCACAGCAGGAACGAGGUCGACAGCGAGUACAGAUAUCGCUGCGGCACUUGUGAGAAGACCUUCCGCAUCGAGAGUGCGCUGGAGUUCCACAACUGCAGGACAGAUGACAAGACGUUCCAAUGUGAGAUGUGUUUCAGAUUCUUCUCCACCAACAGCAACCUCUCCAAGCACAAGAAGAAGCACGGGGACAAGAAGUUUGCUUGCGAAGUCUGCAACAAGAUGUUCUACCGCAAGGACGUCAUGCUGGACCACCAGCGGAGGCACCUGGAAGGAGUGCGGCGGGUAAAGAGGGAAGACUUGGAAGCCAGUGGGGAGAACCUGGUCCGCUACAAGAAGGAACCUUCUGGAUGCCCAGUGUGUGGCAAGGUGUUCUCCUGCAGAAGCAACAUGAACAAGCACCUGCUGACCCACGGUGACAAGAAGUACACCUGCGAGAUCUGCGGGCGCAAGUUCUUCCGCGUGGACGUGCUCAGGGACCACAUUCACGUCCACUUCAAGGACAUCGCCCUGAUGGACGACCAUCAGCGGGAAGAGUUCAUUGGCAAGAUUGGCAUCUCCUCUGAAGAAAACGACGACAAUUCCGACGAGAGUGCAGACUCGGAGCCUCACAAGUAUAGCUGCAAAAGGUGUCAGCUCACCUUCGGCCGGGGCAAGGAGUACCUAAAGCACAUCAUGGAGGUGCACAAGGAGAAGGGCUAUGGCUGCAGCAUCUGUAACCGGCGCUUCGCACUCAAGGCCACCUACCACGCCCACAUGGUCAUCCACCGCGAGAACCUGCCGGACCCCAACGUGCAGAAGUACAUCCACCCCUGCGAGAUCUGUGGGCGCAUAUUCAACAGCAUUGGAAACUUGGAGCGCCACAAACUCAUCCACACAGGUGUGAAGAGUCACUCCUGUGAGCAGUGCGGCAAGUCCUUCGCCAGGAAGGACAUGCUCAAAGAGCACAUGCGCGUGCACGACAACAUCCGCGAGUACCUGUGUGCCGAGUGCGGCAAAGGCAUGAAGACCAAGCACGCGCUCCGCCACCACAUGAAGCUGCACAAGGGCAUCAAGGAGUACGAGUGCAAGGAGUGCCACCGCAAGUUCGCGCAGAAGGUCAACAUGCUCAAGCACUACAAGCGGCACACAGGGAUUAAAGAUUUCAUGUGUGAACUUUGUGGAAAGACCUUCAGUGAGAGGAACACGAUGGAGACCCACAAGCUCAUCCACACAGUGGGCAAGCAGUGGACGUGUUCCGUGUGCGACAAGAAGUACGUCACCGAGUACAUGCUGCAGAAGCACGUGCAGCUCACCCACGACAAGGUGGAGGCGCAGAGCUGCCAGCUGUGUGGGACCAAGGUGUCCACCAGGGCCUCCAUGAGCAGGCACAUGCGGCGCAAGCACCCGGAGGUCCUCGCUGUGAGGAUUGACGACCUGGACCAUCUCCCAGAGACUACCACCAUCGAUGCCUCCUCCAUCGGCAUCGUCCAGCCUGAGCUGACCCUCGAGCAGGAAGAUCUGGCUGAAGGGAAGCAUGUGAAAGCAGCCAAGCGAAGUCACAAGAGGAAACAGAAGCCUGAGGAGGAGGCAGGGCCUCCGGUGCCUGAGGAUGCUGCCUUCAGUGAGUUUGCAGAGAAAGAGCCUGAAUUCACAGGCAACGUGGGCGAUGAGACCAACUCUGCAGUGCAGAGUAUUCAGCAGGUGGUGGUGACCCUGGGGGACCCAAAUGUGACCGCUCCAUCAAGCUCAGUUGGCUUGACUAACAUCACCGUGACCCCCAUCACCACUGCAGCUGGAACUCAGUUUACCAAUCUCCAACCAGUGGCCGUGGGACACCUUACCACCCCCGAACGCCAGUUGCAACUGGACAACUCAAUCCUGACUGUGACCUUUGACACUGUUAGUGGCUCCGCCAUGUUACACAACCGCCAGAAUGAUGUCCAGCUCCAUCCCCAACCGGAAGCCUCAAACCCACAGUCUGUGGCCCACUUCAUCAACCUCACCACCCUGGUCAACUCCAUCACACCCCUGGGGAGCCAGCUCAGUGACCAGCACCCACUCACAUGGCGGGCAGUGCCCCAGACGGACGUCCUGCCGCCGCCACAGCCACAGGCACCCCCGCAGCAGGCUGCCCAGCCCCAGGUGCAGACCGAGCAGCAGCAGCAGAUGUACAGCUACUGAGUGGGCAGAGGGCUAGGGCAGGGCUGCAGGGAGGGCUUCCUGGAGUCCUGACGUUGGUUUGCUGGAUACCAAACAACAAAAAAGCAUAUAUUGCGUGUAAGUAAGGUUGAUUUAGCUUUUGCAGAAGUAUCUUGAAAGGCCCCCAACAAGCAUUAGGGUCUGUCAGCUGGACACAUGAAGUGAUCCCUGGCAGGCAGGAGUUUCAGAUCAAUGGAGCUCCAUGCAUGCCUUACCAAGGUAGUGUGUCCUGGGCUGGAGCGUGUUGCCUCCACUUCCAGGACUGCUUGUUUAGGGGAAGCGAAGCUCUAAAGAGGCAAGUGGUACAUUGUUUGCAACAUACAUGGUUACUUUUCUUUUUUCCUGUGGAGCUCAGUUGUUUUAUGAAAACACAGACAAUAUUCACAGGUGGCAACCUGCAGGGUGGAACAGGAUUUCCUCCUCA